AUGUCAAAGCUGGGGAGAGUUCAAGGAGUUGGAAUGACAGGCAGAGGAGGUUGGGCAGCACCUAGACUUAAGGAUGCCGGUUUACCUCUUGACAAGUUGCGUGAAGGUUAUGUGGAGAUAAUUAUGGCAAUGCGAAAACUGCAUCAGAAAUGCAAGUUGGUGCACGGUGACCUAAGUGAGUAUAACAUACUCUAUCUUGAGGGUCACUUGUAUAUCAUCGAUGUUUCACAAGCAGUUGAUCUUGACCAUCCCCAUGCGCUUGAUUUUUUAAGGGAAGAUUGUGUUCAUGUGUCUGAUUUCUUCAGAAAGCAUGGAGUAGGUGUCAUGACAAUUAGAGAAUUGUUUGAUUUUAUUGUUGAUCCUACCAUUGAUGAUGAUUCGGUGGAUACUUAUUUGGAAGAGGUUCAACAAAAGAUUUUGGCUAGAGGUGAAGUGAGCGCAGAGGAUGAAAUUGCUGACUCCGUAUUCAUUCAGUCAUUUAUUCCAAAAACGCUAGAUACUGUGAAAAACGCUGAGGCAGAUGUGCAACGUAUUGUUAGUGGCGAGGACACUGGAGAUCUGUACUACAAAACCAUAACAGGGCUGAAGCAAGUGCUCUCUACAGCAGAAAAGAGAGAGGCUCCCGAUGCAGCAGCAGCUGAGCAGAACAAAUUAUUGGAGAAUAAUUCGGAGACUGAAAGCGAUGAAACUGAGAGUAGUAGUAGUAGUGGUGGUUCUAGUGAUUCUGAGGAAGAAAGCAGCAGCGACAAACCUACAUCAUUGGAAAGAAAAGCUGCCAGGAAGGAGAACAAGAAGAAGGUUAAGGAAGAGAAGAGGGAAGCUCGUAAACAUAAAGUGCCAAAAGCUGUGAAGAAGAAAAAGAAAAAGUUGGCUAAGGCCAAGAAGUAUCGCUAGCUAGUCGAUCACAGCCCAUUCCUCCAAUUUAUUUGAGAUGAGAAGCAGCAGUUCGAUGUAGUUAAUGUUAGUUUGAGUGAUGUAUAAUCUUAUAUACUACGUAAUUUUUUUCUUUUAAAAAUCUCGCAUAUAAUAUGAUAUUGUAUGAGAACCAAACCCAUAAAAUAAGUUGAUAGAAUAUAAGGUACACUUUAUGUCCCA